GCCCGGACCUGGCGGGGAACGCUGCCCCCGCGGCCGGGCCCCCAGACCCCCCGCCGCCACCGUCCGUCAUCCUUGGGACCGGCAAUGGCCUGCGUGUCGCCCGAUGCACUUGUGACUGACUUGGACCCGGAGUGUUAAGAACCCGCUAGCUUCUGUCCCCAUCCCAGUCGUGCCGGGAGUAACCACUUCGGCUCCUUUGGGCUCCGAAGGGCUGCUGCUCCUGCCUCUUUCCGACUUCGGGGGCACCAUGGACCAAAGUGGGAUGGAGAUUCCUGUGACCCUCAUCAUUAAAGCACCGAAUCAGAAAUACAGUGACCAGACUAUUAGCUGCUUCUUGAACUGGACCGUGGGGAAACUAAAAACGCACCUCUCUAACGUGUACCCUAGUAAACCAUCGACGAAGGAUCAGAGAUUGGUGUAUUCGGGCAGACUGCUUCCCGAUCAUCUGCAGCUGAAAGACAUUCUCAGAAAACAAGAUGAGUAUCAUAUGGUUCAUCUAGUAUGUACUUCUCGGACUCCUCCCAGUUCUCCAAAAUCCAGCACCAGUAGAGAAAGUCACGAAGCAUUGGCAUCCAGCAGCAAUUCUAGUUCAGAUCAGUCAGGAGCAUCAACUCCGUCACCCGGUCGAGAACCCUUGCCCUUGGCGGUCAGCUCGGCCUCGGGGCUGAGGCAGCGCACCUUCCCUCCGGCGCAGACCGACCCUGCGCAGGGCCCUCAGCUCCCGUACGUAAGCAAUGUAGACAACCAGCUUCCUGGGGAGGCUGUUCCAGCCGGAUUCCCAGGGUACCCCGCAUUCAGCCCGCUGCAGGUGCUGUGGUGGCAGCAGAUGUAUGCUCACCAGUAUUAUAUGCAAUACCAAGCUGCAGUUUCAGCUCAGGCCACAUCAGAUGCCACCGCCACCCAGCCGGCGCCUUCACAGCCUUUAAACUUGGCACAUGUUCCUAGAGAAGAACCCCCUCCAGUCCCCAACCGAGUGGCCCAAGAAAACCGACCCAUGAAUGAGAAUGUUCAGAUGAAUGCACAAGGGGGUCCAGUGCUGAACGAAGAAGACUUCAAUCGAGACUGGCUAGACUGGAUGUACACGUUCUCACGAGCUGCGAUUCUCCUUAGCAUUGUCUACUUCUAUUCUUCUUUUAGCCGCUUUGUCAUGGUCAUGGGAGCCAUGCUGCUGGUUUAUUUACACCAAGCUGGAUGGUUUCCUUUUAGGCAAGAAGGGGGUCAGCAGCAGGCUCCCAACAACAAUGCUGAAGUUAAUGAUGGGCAGAACGCAAACAACCUGGAACUCGAAGAAAUGGAGCGUCUUAUGGAUGACGGGCUUGAGGAUGAGAGUGGAGAAGAUGCAGGCGAAGAGGCCAGUGCACUGCAGAGACCUGGGCUGGCGGCCUCCGCGUGGUCUUUUAUCACCACCUUCUUCACUUCACUGAUACCGGAGGGGCCUCCCCAGGUUGCCAAUUAGACCUGAAAACUCUGCCAGCUGCCAAGGAGGGUCUGGCCUUUGGAACGUGAUUUAAAUAACAGUGCAAUUUCAAAAAAUUUACUUUCUUUUCAUCAUCAUGUACAGAAGUGUUUUUCUUUAAGCUUCUCAUGCAUAUGAAUAGUUUAAGCACAAAUGGACUACUAAAUGUGUGAUUUUUUUUUUUUUUAAAUAUCCUAACAGAACAUAGUGUAACAAUACUGGUCUUCCAGGUUUAUUAAUUUCAAUUAUGUGGAUUAUACCAGACAGACCUGUAUGUGCAUCUUAUUUCUUUAAAGAGCUGCUUUAUAUAUGUGUCUAUGAUAGCCCAGCCCUUCAGUGUGUAACUGAAUAAAUAUUAUCUAUUUUCUGUGAAUAAUUCUAAAAGUUUUAAACAGAAUGACCUCAUAGUUUUAAAAAAGAUUAUUAUUUACCUAAAAUGUGCUAGUAGUAUCUUGCCCAGCCAUAAAGCAAUAAACUUCUCAAUAAUCUUAAUUUUGACAUUUGAAUAAAUAAUGGAAAUUUCUAUUUUAAGGGCAAGUGUCCCAUCAAUUGGAAUUAGUACCUUAAAAAAAGGCAGCUCUUCAAUGGAAUUAAUAGUGAUAUAAAAUGUUUGAUAUAAGCAGUACUUUUAUAAAAUAAGAUAUGUUGGAAAUCAUUCCCUGUAAUUUUUUAAAAUAAAAGGUCAGUUAUGAUAAACUGUCUUAAUGGCAUAUUUGCUUAAACUCUUUAGUAAUAUAUGCAUUAUGUGCAAAAAUCAUUAUGAAGGUAAGUGGAUGUUGGGAAUUUUCACCUUGUUCCAUUCCAGAUGGACACCUCCUAGUUCUCAGGUGGUCCAAAUCCUCAAUAGUUAAAAAAUAAUAAUCCCUGUGUAAGCCAAUUCAGUAUUUCAUAUAAAAGGAAUAUGUUUCUUACAGGGGAGUUAAUUAAAAUGGAAUAAAUGAGGAUGGAGAAGACUUACCAAGGAUGAGCUCCGUCUCAUGGAAUGUAUUACAGUUACGCUAGAACAAAAUGGUAGAUUAAGAAAACAGCCAUGAAUUAUUCUCUGGGUUGUUUACUUAUAAUAAUAACGGUGACAUUCCAAGGCAACCACUGGUUUACCUUUUGAAAAGUAAUACUAGGUUUCUGUUCAUAGAUGUCAAUCAAGACAUCAUGAUUGAAUAUGAGCAGUUGAACCACAAAUACUAAUAGAAAUUAUAGAUGAAUACCUAUAUAAUAUUGGGGUCAGAAAAUACCUUUAUCGCUAAAAAAAAAAGAAGGUUGCUUGUUUAUAAUGUUUUGAUAUAAAUAAUUAAAAGCCAAACAGGAAAAGAAGAUUACAGAAAAGGUAAUAGGUCAUUCGGAGGGAAGGAGGGAGGGAGAUCAGGAAGAAAUAAACCAAAGAACUGAUGUGCAUAUGAGCAUCAUCGAUGGCUGCAGACAGUAAUAGCCCAGUGAAGGCUGGGUG